UUGUGGAGGAUUUACCGUAUUUUAGAUGCACCCUUGACAGCAGACUUCUUCAUUCCGAAUACCGAAAAUUACCCGGAAACGUUUUUACUGACACCUGAAAGACAACGAAGUGUUAGUACACUGAAGAAGGCUGCUGUGGACGACGAUAUCGCCAAUGUUAUCAAAAACAUGCAAAAAUUACUGUCUAAGGACCUGGUCGACAAGCUACAAUCUGUUUUGAGUUCACUCUUACUGGUUAGCAAUGAAGAAAGGAAGAUUGUAAUGGAUCUGAAGAAUGGAAACGGGUCAAUAGCCGAGCAUGCGGAUGACAAGGCCGAUGUCAAGUAG